AAGAAAGCGUCUGCAGCAACCAAGUUGACCAUUUGAUCCUGUCGCUGUGUAUUAUCUGACUAUUUCAUUUUUGUUCCAAAGCAAAAAAGGUUGAGUUCCGUAAAACUGUUCUGCAGGUGUCUGGUUUGGACAUGUAUUAUAUGUAAGUGAUAUUUGAACGUGGCUGUAUUAAGGCAGAGAGACAUUAUACGUGUACAGAAAACCCUGUGGCUGCUUCCUAUUUUGAGAAACAUAUAAGUUUGUUGAAGAAAAAGAAGAAUGGCUCGACGCCGUCAAGAAGCACUGCAGGCAGGACAAGUAAUUGAGCAAGGUAAGAAUUGGCCUGAAAAGUUUACGAAGUUGGAGAUAAUUAAGGAGAUUCCUUAUGACCCUGCCCUGGACCAUAUCUACUCCCUCCAGUACUCUUACAAUGGGGAACAGCUGGCUGUGGGCCAUGGAAAUGGGGCUAUUAGGUUGUACAGCUCUGCCACAGGGGAGUUAGUGUCCGAGCUGAGGAAAUCUCGCUAUGGUGGAAUGGCCAUCAUGUGUAUGAGGUUUCAUCCUAAAGCACAUCACAUCCUACUGGCAACAACCUCUGAUGGAAAAAUCUUCUCCUGUAACACUAACACUGGUGAAAUUACAGAGUUUGCAAAAGAGAUUGGUAAUGAAAUUAACUGUCUAGAUUUUGAUUAUGAUGGCUUGCGAUUUGCAACUGGGGGGAGAGACUUGAAUGUAAGAAUUUAUGACUCCAAAACAGGACAGGUGGUUCAUACAUAUGAAGGAUAUAAUGACAGAAAGAAUCCAACAGAAAUUCAGACAGCAGGGUGUGCAAUGCGAGUUUACGCUCUUAAGUACCACCCUGAGUAUGAUGACAUUUUCAUCACAGGUGGAUGGGAAAAUCACCUUAAGAUCUGGGAUGCACGUUCUAAUGAUGGCGUAAAAAGGACAAUUCAUGGCCCCCACAUCUGUGGGGACAGUCUGGACCUUAAGGGGAUGAAAAUCUUAACUGGAUCAUGGGUAGCAACACAUGCACUACAGGUCUGGAAUUAUACAGAGGGCAAGCUGGAGAAGGACGUGCCCUUCAACUACCAGGGACAUGAUGGAGCUUACCUUUACUGCGCCCAGUUCUGUGAUAACGACGUAGUGGUGGCAGGAGGAAGUGGCACCAACAAUGUACAGGCCAUCAACACAGUCACAGGGGAGGUUAUUGGUAAAAUACAGUUGCAUCACCCUGUACAAGCCCUGGACACUGUGAUGGGGGGACGAUUACUAGCUGUGGGGGGUGUGGAGAACAGCCUGGUUCUUGCAGCAUUGAAAUAGGGAAAAAACUUGUGUUCAGCAUUUGUUACAUUUUAAAUUGCUUUGUUGCCAAAUAGGAAACAUAUUCCAUUUCAUGAUGAGCCAUUUGAAUUUUUCUCUAAAAUUUUGUAGGGCACAUUUUUUAGUCACUGAAUAAUGUAAGUAAUUAUACUACUUUGCAGCACCUGAUUUGAACAACUGCAUAAGAUUUUUUUGUAUGUGUGCCAAAGCACUAUAUAUAGACUGAAGAAGAAAAAAACUAGUCUGUUGCAUUAUCAAACAGGGUAGUGUAAUGCCAAAUAUAGUAAACAUAAAAACAUGUAUAUGAUGAUGGGAACUGUGUCAUUGUCCCAUAUACAGACCAGCUGUAUCUUAUUCUGAUGAACAAAACUGUGACAGGUACAUUGAUAAACCGACUUAUUAACAUUGUACAGUAUAAUUGUUUUAUGCACAGACACCUGAGAUAUAUAUUUUAUGAUUAUUAUUUUCUUUUUGAAUAUUAUUAUUAAUCCGUCCCUCUGAUAUUUUUGCAAACAAAUUAUUUCUUCCAUAUUUAAUACUUGUGAAAAACUGAAGCAUAAUAAAUGAGUGAGAAGAUGAA